AUGACACAACCCAUCUCUACAGGAUUUGAAGCAAAAAUGGUAGGCAAACGGAAGAGAGAUACGUCGGUGGUGUCGAGAUCGACCGCCCAGGUGGAGGAAGACGCUCCUCCUGCUGUCGCCGAUACGUCGGCCCAUGACGUCUUUCGCAAAUUUUUCGAGGCGCAAUUUGAACCCAUUGAGGCGCCCGAGGAGGCUGUCGGCGAAGAGUCCGACGAGGCAGAGGAAGACGACUUCGAUGAAGAAGGUUCUGAUUCCGAAUCUGGGUCCGAAUGGAGCGGCGUGUCUGGCGAGGAUGAAGAAGGCGAAGUGGAGGUGGUCGAGCACCGAGAUGCAUCCUCGAGCGAGCAUCUGGCGAGCAAAAAGGCUCGCAAAGCCUUUAUGUCUUCCAAACUUCCGUCUCUCGCGGAGAAACCGACCGCCGUCAAGCGCGCCCCGACCAAAGAGAAAGAAGAGGACGACCCCAAGGAGGCCGACAACCUGAAACACGACCUCGCCUUGCAACGACUACUCAAGGAGUCGCACCUUUUGGAAGACGCAUCCGAUUUAGCCCCGACGGGAAAGAACCGACUGAAGGCGCUCGAUCUGCGCAUGCAAGAACUCGGCGCCAAAUCAUCGCUGUAUCACCAGAAGAUGCCGUCCGCACACCGGAGAGGCAUCAAAGCCAAGGCCGAGACGAAGGAAGACAAGCGCCGCCGCGACGCACGGGAGAACGGCAUCAUCCUCGAGAAGCCCACGCACAAGAAGAGCAAGUCGAGCAGCGGACACCGGGAGCGCGGCGUCGGUGGACCCUCGGUCGGCAAAUUCGCCGGCGGGACGCUCAAUCUCAGCAAGAGUGACAUCUUCUCUGUUAAAGGGAAGGCCUUGGCUGGAAGGAAGAAGCCUAGUCGGGGGAAGCCUAAGGGUCGUCGCUAGUGCUCUCGGCCGAUCUUUGGUCUGGCUCGAGCGGUCUGCCUUUCUGUCGCAGGGGUAGAGUAGGUUGCGGGCGGCCUAUCUAUCUAUCCAUCUUUCUAUACAUCUACCUAUCUAUUACGAUGACCCAUCGCUUUCAAUUGACGCAUCACGAUCCGUCUCUCGACUGCAGGGCUGUCAGGCUCCGAACCGACAGUUAUCAUCCUCGUCCGCCGAUCAGCCGAUCAGCCGAUCCGGACAUGGUUUAUCGAGAGAUCCUCUCCCUAUCGCACUGGAGACGGGACUACUGGCACGCGUGCGAGCUGAGCCACCGCCAACCAUCUAACGUCAGCGGAUGUCGGCUCUCCGUCCGGUGGGUCAGCACUGGCUCCGCCCGGUUCUAUAAUUAUGACAUCCCAAAUUUGGAAACGAUCUCGUCUGGUGUCCUGGUCGGUUCUUGGGGUACAAUGGAGCGCACAGGAGAU